CAGAUAAAUGAUGAAAUGAGGCUAUUCCUAGCCCUGAGGUCUGCGUGAGCCCCACACCCCAAACAGUGCAUAAGGGGAUUCCUAUGAAAUGAGUUACUCCUGCAACACUUUGCAGACUUUGUCCACUCCUCACAUAACAGAUCCACCUUGCAGCGGAAGCUAGUUCUGAGGGUUCCACCCAAAAAAAUGGGUAGCGAGCGGCGUGAAGCGGCGAGACAUGCAACAUAUGAAACGGGUAUAAUUCUAGUGGAGGUCGUGAGGCCGUCAUGACUUGUUCAUCCAACGACAAGAUGUUGACAAAAUGACAAUCAUGGCAGCUGAUAACACGCUCGGCUCCGAGAAACCAAAUUAGGUUUCAGGUUCGACUCCCUAUAUAUCUAGCUAUUGCAUCCCCCUUGGAUCUUCGUGCAGUGAUAGGACAACAGAUGUUCGAAACAGAGCUCAUUCUCGCCCCUAGAUUCGAGACUCCAUAUACAUGGUACAAAUCCCGGCACGAAACGUCCCUAGAAGGGUUUCUGAACAAGGUCAGCCGUUCUCUUCAACGGGUGGUCUCUAAUCUGAAACCAAAUUAUUAUCCCAUCUGGAAGUACAAGCCUUCGUUGGUGGUAGAUGACGGUUCGAAGCCUUGGAUAUGGGUACGACGUGAAAUACUCGGAAAUGAAGUGUCCAGAUUGACGCCGGAGGCGUUGAAAGAGGCCACUGCGUGCCUCCAAGAAGUGACGAAGCGUGUCCAAGAAAUCACGGAUGAUGCCUCGAUACCCGUCCGUUCAAAUAAGAAGACAGGCGCCCGCAGCAAGAAGGAGUUAAGGGAGGAGAUUCAAAACCGAGCCAAGGACCAAUUAAAGGCUAUUGCCACAGGAGCAGGUGGCGAGACGGUCGGGAAAUGGCUACUUUACGCAGGUCCCGAGAAUGUCGACGGCCUUUGGAAGACAGUGGCAACAUCCGUAAUUGCUGGUCCGCUAUCACGGUCUCCCGCAUUCGCUGCCAAAGUUUCUACCUCCCCAGCUAAUCCAUCGGGGAAAAGAGAGCACGUCAUAUGCAUCUACCUUCAAAAUAUUUAUGACAAGGGCGACGCCACUUCCGUAUUGAAGAUUCUCAUAGGAGAUCAUGGGAUCCAAAAGGUUUCUGCAAAGUCAGAUCUUUAUACGCACCUCCAAUUGGACAGUAAGCACCCGAGCGGAAUACGCAGCACGAUCUGGCAGGUUCAAGAACUGCUAUCACCCGACGAAGUAUCGAAACUGCUUAAGGCAUAUGAGCAGAAAAUUGAAGUUACCAAAGCGGAAAAACGGCGCGCUACUGAGACCAAAACGAAACACCGGAGAGAGUCAACGGACAACGAGCAGCGCCAGAAUCCAUUCGAGUCUUCGGAUGACGAAGCUCCCCCGCCAUCCAAGGUGGUCAAGGCAUUUGAGAAGCAACCCAAAGCAUCAACAUCAACCCGUCCAUUGAAGAAGCACAAACCGCCUGCACCACGAAAUGAAGAGGAUGACUGAUAGGAUCAAUCACUGCCUUGUUGUCUUGUUAGCAAGCUACUCUUCUCUUCUGAUCCCUCGGCAACCACGUCUGCUUAACUGCUUUGAUUGGGGGUUGUGACUAAGCAUGUCCAAUUAUCAUGGAGCUCCAGCUCGUCGCUACAGAAUUGACGUGCCAGAAUAUCCCAUGAAUACGUAAUGUGGUGAAUUGGGUGGCGAAGAGCAAAAUAUCCU